AUGAAAGUCAGUUCCAUAGCACAAUGUUUCUGCGUGGGUUUGCUGUUCCUGGUUAGCUCCUGUUACGCCUACAUCGAAGUAGAACCGAUAGACACGGGUCUGUAUAACUGUCUGGAAAUGGAGACCAGAAAUAUCAGUGUUGAAGAUUAUCCGGCAGCUGGAAUAAUGCACUCUUGUGUCCAGAGCUUUUUGGCAUUAACGAAUAAUCUUAGAUACCACUCAAAUAUCACUGCGGAAGAAGUGGCAUGGGUUAGCUCCCUUGUACGGAAAUACGCUUCAAAACGUCACAAGCGCCAAGCAGGGGCUAUAAGAAUCAGGCAGGAAAUCAGACGACUAACGGACCAACAAAGAGGCGCACUGUUUGAAGCAUUCAAUGUUCUAAAACAGAACGGGCGAUAUGACACAUUGGCCUCAUUCCAUCAGAAUAUGGCUAUCACGUCGGCUCACAAUGGUCCAAACUUUCUCGGCUGGCAUAGAGUUUACCUGCUUGCACUGGAGGAGGCAUUGAUGGAAGUUAACCCAACGGUGACCUUGGCCUACUGGGAUUCAAGCCUCGACUUCGACAUGAACGACCCCAUUCAAUCAAUCGUUUGGUCAUCACAGUUCUUUGGCAACGGCGACGGUGUGGUCAAUAUAGGACCAUUUUCUAACUGGGUGGUGGAGGGAGGUGGUUUAUUAACCAGAAACAUUGCGUCAUUUGGUACAUCAUUGAUGCAGAAACGCCUUAUUAACAAUAUCCUCAACCCAAACAACAACAUCCGAUUUCACUGGCAAAUAACUGUGUGGUACGGACAACGACCAUGGCUCCGUCAAAACGUCUUGGAGCGUCAACACGACGGCGUUCACGCUUGGGUAGGUGGAUUGAUGAGAGGUUUGUCAACAUCAGCGCAGGAUCCGGUUUUCUUCUUUCAUCAUUGCUUUAUUGAUUAUCUAUGGGAACAAUUCCGAUUAAAACAAAGAAAUUUCGGAAUCGACUCAACCAAUGAUUAUUUACCAAACUUUUAUCUCCGAGACCGACCUGCCCAUUUUAGGGAUCGCGUGAUGGAUGGUUUUCCAGAUUAUAGAAAUAUAGACGGUUACAGUGACCGUUUCACUAGGGAUAUCUACGGAUACGAACGCAGCCCAGUAUGUCCUGCAUGUGGUUCUCCUUACAUGUUUUGUGAUGUAACGCGUGGAGUAUGCGUAUCUGCAGAUCGUUCUGCUGUAGGAGAAGCAAGAGCUUCCGGAACUAGCUUCGGCGGAGUGUCGGUAGCAUCACUUGCCGCUCAGGCGCAAGGACCCCUUGCUCUUGGCGAAACUUUCACGUCAUCAUUUGUGGAUCCAAGGGCCAGAAACACGCCAUUACCCUCGGGACCACGUGCUGAUGGAGCAGGAAGUGCUUUUGGGGCUUUUACGGAUGGUGGCACGGGAACCGGAACUAAUCUCGCAACCAAUCUGUUACGUACAUCAUCAGCAAGGGGACAAUCCAACGCUAAUAUAAGAGCAAUGAUGACCGCCAUGGGUGGCAAUCGAGGUCAGUCGUCAGCCCAAUCGUUGAGAACACCUUUUAACAUCAACCAGGCAAUGACAAGUCCUUUUCAGUUUCCACGAGCUAGAAAUAAUGGAAUAUCUGGCAAUGUCAUGCAGGGACUUGCACAGAACAGAAUACCAUUGCAAAUGGCACAAAAUAGGAUGUCAACAGUUUUUCAUAACGGUAUGCCAGCUAUACCACAGAAUGGUGUGCCAUCUAUGGCACAUAAUGGUAUGCCGAACAAUGGUGGAUUUGUUCCACGCCAAAACAUACCUCCACAGACAUUAACAUUUCCCUCUAACUUCGGUUUCUCAUCAGCAAUAAAUCAAGGAAUCCAAAACACAUUCACUUUAGAUGGAGUCUCCGACGUUAAUAGAUGGGCUUUUAUGCCUAUUAGGGUCGUGUAUCGCCGUCCCGAGGGAUUAUCAUUUGAUGGUAGAAACGUUCGCAAAGGAAAAAUACAAGAUGGAUUUGACAUGUAUAAUCCAACGAUUUACAAUCAAAUGAAGAGAUAUAUGCAACGAGGAACACCAGCGGUGUAUCCAAAAUGUCCCAAAUACGGAUCAGGGGCCGGAAAGAUCUUUAUAGAGACAAAUGGCAUAAACUACGCUGGGACAUACAAAGAUUACGCCAUGAUUGAUGCUCGACAUCCGGUGAUGGAAUCGUACACAUACGUUGGAUUCAGAAACCCUUCACUUGGACCAAGUCGGACCUUUAUCCAUGCAUAUGAUUCAUACGGUCGAGUCUGUCAGCCGAGAUGUCUUGUUCGGAAUUCAAAUCCACCCCGUUACGUCCCGUGUUCUGGGGCAAUAAAGGCAAACACCCGCACUCCCCGCAUGUAUAGCAAUACAUUUGGUGAGGCUGUGCUCGGUCGAUGGGAUUUUAAAUCUGAUUACUGUCCCCAGUCUUAUAACGGGGAAGUUUUUAUGACAUUUUAUUGUGAUUACGGUAAAGGAUGGCCAUGGAGAGAUUGUAAUAAAUACAAGAAAAUGCCGUUAACAGUUAGGACUUCAAAACGUCUUUACUCACAAAAGUCACCUUAUGGGAAGUGUAAAUAA